GCGCGGCGUGCAGCCAUGGCGAUGGCGCAGGCGGGCAUCGGCGUCACCCGCGUCGUGAUGCUCAUCGGCGCCGGCAUGGCCGGGUCCGUCGUCCUCCGCAACGGCCGCCUCUCCGAGAUCCUCACCGAGAUGCAGGAGUUUCUGGAGAAGGCGGACAAGGGGAAGGAAGGUGGCGGUGGUGGUGCGGACCACGGCAUCAGUGACGCGCUCAACGAGGUGCGCCUCCUAGCCAUGCAGGUACGGCAGCUAGGUUCUCCACGCUCCAUAACUGUUCUCAACGGAGGUUCUGGACAAUCAGGAUUAUCAGGACUAAUAGUACCUGCGGCAACUGUUGGGGCACUCGGUUAUGGUUAUAUGUGGUGGAAAGGAAUCUCUUUUGCGGACUUGAUGUAUGUCACCAAGCAAAACAUGGCAAACGUUGUUUCAAGUAUGACUAAACAUCUGGAGCAAGUCCAGACCUCUCUUGCUGCUGCUAAAAAGCAUUUGACACAACGUAUUGAGAAGUUGGAUGACAAAUUGGAUCAGCAAAAGGCGCUUUCUGGGCAAAUAAAAGAUGAUGUUACUGGUGCACGAUUAAAGCUUGAGACUAUUGGUUCAGAGAUUAGGAACAUCAAGGAUUUAGUCUGGGGUCUGGAUGAGAAGAUGGAUUCAAUGGAAGCUAAGCAGAAUUUUUCAUGCGCCGGUGUGAUGUACCUCUGCCAAUUCAUAGAGCAAAAUGGUGGGAAGCUCCCAGAACGCCUGGAAGGCAUUAAGCCAUCUGCGAAGCGUUUUUCGUCAAUUGGCAUACAGGGUUUGCAACUAGCCAUUGAAACAGGGGAUUUCAGUGAUUUCAGCAAUGCUGAUUCCACUGACAAGAUAAGCAGGUCCAACUCGUUGAAGUCUGUCAGCUGAUUUUCCUCGGGGUUGGCAAGACAGACAUCUAGAUUCGUUGCUCAGUGAAAACAUUGUAAAGGGAGUUCCGUACUGGUUUAAAAUGUAAAGAGUUCCAGCCUUUUUGUUAUUUUCUUGCAGGAAGUGCUGUUCGUUAAAUUUGAGAACUUAUGCGAUACUAGUAGAAGGGAAUUUAAACCAGAGGCUAUUCUGGCAUCACUUGUGCCUCCGGAUUUUUAGGCAACACUCGGCCGUAAAUAAAUGGACGGCACUUUGGUUUCCUAAAACAGUGGUGGGCUUGUAACCACUUCAUCGCUGGGACUGUAAUCACUUUCACAACAAUUUACCGUGCUGUUUGUGCUUUCCUUAUUGGUGGAUUUGCACUGGUGUCA